UAAAACAAUAUAUAAUCAUAUAUUAUAUUGAAAUAAGUCAUCAUACUAAUUAUUACUUGUCAAUAAAAUCAGACACAACCUCAGAGAUGCAUUGACAAAAAGGUAAAAGUGUCUUUAUGUGUGUGCUUUUGUCUCGUUCCAUGGUCAGAUGUUUGCUUUGUGCUCAGAUGAAGCUCAUAACAGGCUGAGGGAAACUUGAGUGUGUUGUCUCUCCUCUGCUGUGAUUGGCUGACGCCUGUUGCCUGUUGAAUAAAAAGCAGAGCAGAGAUAAAAGAGGAGCAUCAGUGUGUCACUGCACCGGGAACUCUGGCUGUCUUCUUUUUUUCUGCAGCAGCAGCAGCACCAGCAGCAGGGUGAAAAAGUGAAUUCACUCAGUCAUGACGGGGAAGGAGGGAACUGUGCUUUCAGACUCUGAGAAUGAACAAAAACCAGCUUCUCAAGUCAGUGUGAACCACGGACUCCACCACCACCAUCAGCACCACCAGCAUCAGCACCAUCAGCACCAGCAGCCUCCGGGCUGGAAGAUGCCCCCCACUGUGCACCGACGCACUGGCUUCGGGAUCCAGGAGCUGCUCGGCCUCAACAAGGAGCCUCCGGUGGCGGUGGCACCGAGGCGGCCGCUGGAGGCUCUGCCGCACAGAGCGCACCUCCUGGCCGCGCGGUCGGCCCUCGGCCACGGAGGACUCGGGGUUGGUGUGGGUUUUCUCGGACCAGAGGGAAUACACUCGUUUUACAGUCAGCCCGCUUUUCUGGAGCAGGUGCUGUCAGAGGCGCAGAAUGUGCACCUGCAGCCGCUGCACAGAAGCGCGCACAUGGAGGCGCAGAUAGAUGCGCAGCACUCCGCCAGCUCCGAUUCCGAUGACAUGAGUCUCUCCUCCGGUGACCAGAAAUUCUCCAAAUCCUCCUCAAAUCAGAGCAAGAAAAGAAAGAAAAGACGACACAGAACCAUUUUCACAUCGUAUCAGCUGGAGGAGCUGGAGAAAGCUUUUAAUGAAGCUCACUAUCCUGAUGUUUAUGCUCGAGAAAUGCUCUCCAUGAAGACUGAGCUGCCCGAGGACAGAAUACAGGUGUGGUUUCAGAACCGCAGAGCUAAGUGGAGGAAGAAGGAGAAGUGCUGGGGUCGCAGCAGUGUGAUGGCCGAGUACGGCCUGUACGGAGCCAUGGUGCGACACUCCAUCCCUCUGCCCGACUCCAUCCUCAAGUCUGCCAAGGAGGGCGUCACAGAGUCGUACGCGCCGUGGUUACUAGGUAUGCACAAGAAGUCAGUCGACCCCUCGCACACUUCUCCAGGAAAGCCCGGCUGCACAAGUCCCCACACACCAGCACAGGAUAAACCAGUGGGCAAGGUGAUGGAGGACAAGGACGAGGAACACAUGGAGGACACCGACGUCCCGAUUUCCAGAGAGGAACUGAGAGAGAACAGUAUUGCCGUCCUGCGAGCAAAGGCACAGCAACACAGCGCCAAGAUGCUCGGCAGCGUCUCGAACAGAACCAAUGUCCACGUCACGCAUAAAGAAGAAGAAGAAGCAGCCGACGAUCAGGAGACAAAACAGGACCCGGCAGAGGAGGAGGAGGAGGAGGAGGUGGAGACAAGAGACUGAGGAGGGGACACGGGAUUCAGACUAACUUUAACCUCAGUGGAGGGCGAAAUACACAAGGUGAACUCAUACUGUAGUUUUAAAGCUGCAGUUUAAAUGUAAUCAUUAAAAAAAAGAUCCUGUUCUUCAGUUAACCUGACAGGAGACAUAAGAGGCUGUUGUUUAUUACUUGUUUCUUCUGCUAGUGGAAAUAUUUGUACAGAUAAACCACCUCAGUACUCUCUGUAUGUGGUAUCAAAACUUCAAAGCUGUGUUGUCACUCGAUGUCAAACUUCAGUUCCCAUGCAGCAUAUUAUAUCAAUACCAUUUAUCAGUAACCAGCCCCAACUGUGAGCGUCUGACGGACUGACGUCUCACUCGCUCGUAACUGUGUGUCUGCUGAGCACGACACUGACCUUUGACCCCUCCUCCACGACACAUUCUCAAUUUGGACGACGGAGACGUUAAACUGCGUCUUCUCUCAGUCCUGUUCUCUCACUAAUUGUGAUGUAAAGACUAAGAAGUAUAAUGUCCAAUCACAAAAACCAGCUGUACAAUUAUGUAAAGGUCUCGUCCAUCAUCUACGUCUGUCCUUGUAUAAAUGUAAGUGUAGCUCUAUUAAAAAUUAAUAUUUAAAGUCUU